AAAGUAAACUGUCAAAGUGCAUUUAAAGAUUAGCAUGCUGGCUUUAAAUCAUUCAAGUUUGCCAACUUCGUGAGAAUUACUGCAAUUCGAUAUAUAUUCAAGGUAACGAUUCAUCGAUUGGGUAAUUCCCAAUAAAUUUUAGGUGAGACAGUCGCUAAAUUUAUAACAUAUUUGCUACUCUUGAAAAUAUCAACAUGGGAGUUCUAUGUGCAACAUCUUUCUUGAUCCUGAUUUUGGGCGUGCCAUAUAUCGUAGAAUGUUUCCCCUCACAGGCUAUUCAAGGAGAACGAAAUACAAAAUCUCAUCUGCUUGUGAAUGUUUAUGGGAUAUAUAUAUCUACCUACAAAUUUAUCAUAAAGCAUAAUCUUGCCAAUGGUACAGGACGGACAGAAACUGAGACAUUGAACGACUUCUUUGGAAUAGAUGCAGAUUCUCAGACCCACUUCUAUAAAAAUGUGUUUACGAUCACCAAUCACCAGAGUGAGAUCCAGAAAGAUCUAGCGAGCACAGCCCAUUACCACGUCAACGCUGAACAAAUACAUUUGGCUCACAAUCAAGUGCGAUCUCUACGGAAAACGUUGCUAGACCUUUCAAAUUCCUCUGGGGCAGACAUAGAUAUAUUAAGAGAGAAAAUAGGACAUUGCCUUUAUACCGUACAGCAAUUCUACAGCAAUACCAACUGGGUAGAAAUAAACGGAGGCACAAUUUUGAAAGAAUUUGGUUUAUCACCAACGCUUCCAGUUACUGUGAGUGAUCCGUCAGACGACACAUGUCAUGAUUGUCCGACAGAUUCAACGAGCAUAGAAAGCGGUCUAUGUAUCAACAAUACGAUAUCAACUCAUAACUUGACGAGUGGAUACAGAUCUGGACAAGAUAUUUCCAAACCGCUCACAACUGCACAUAAUUCUGGGAAGUGUAGCCAUGGUUCAAGCGAUGACACUUCCAGAUUCCAGACAGCAACCGGUGGAAUAUAUAAAGGAAGGGCAUCUGCUGCGCAUGCUCCACAUUAUCACCUGCAUGACACAGCAUUUGAAGCUGCCAAACAAGCAACCAUUUAUUUUUUGUCAGAUGGAGGUAACGGUUUAUUCAACAAUAUGGGUUUUGAUCUUGUCAGAGAAGUAUUUCAGGUUAUAUCAAAAAAGGAGGCUAAAAAAAUGAAGGAUUAUUCCAUUGCUUUCGCUAUCGACGUAACUGGAUCGAUGUCGGACAACAUAAGGAAUGUUAUCACAGCGACAACAACAUUUGUAGACUUGAUACGGGUUUCAGAAUUUGUGCCGGAAAAAUACGUUCUCGUAACGUUUAGUGACCCAGUUGAGCUUGAAACAAACCAUACAACGGCCAAUCCUGACGAAAUGAUGUCGAUGUUGAACAGUCUAUCCGUGAGUGGCGGCGCUGAUUGUCCAGAGUACUCUAUAUCUGGUCUAAUAACAGCAGCCACCCUAUCGAAUCGCAACUCCAGUGUGUAUGUUUACACAGAUGCCUCCGCAAAGGAUUCCGACAGAGAAGAGACAGCCAUAGAAAUUCUACAAGAAAAGAGCAUCCGAGCACAUUUUCGUCUGACAUCAGAAUGUUCGAUGCGACGAAAACGCGGAACAGGCAGGUACAAGAGACAAUCUUCGGUGUAUGACCGGAUAGCGCAGAGUUCAGGUGGGACGGCUGUAAGACUCACUACUGCAGAGUUACAGGCAAAAGUUGAGGAAGACCUUAGGAACGAACUUCAAAUAAUUCAGAGCAACUCCUCGCAGAUAUUAGACGUGAAUCAUUUACCAUCCUUUACUUCUCUCAUCAAAUGGAGAACCAUUGAUUUGGACCAUUCUAAUUUAACGAUAGAAGUGGACGAAACAGUAUCGUCUUUGGAUAUAAAAAUCAACGGUACCAUUGAUGCUAGUGAAGUUUUUCUUCGUAACCCUAGUGGUUCAGUCGUUGUGCUGGGAUCACAGAAUGCAACAUUGCAAGAUGAUGGAUUCCAGACUACGGUAUCAAUCGAAUUUCCAGAGAAGGGAGUAUGGACAUUGGAGAAACAGGCUAGGAGUCCAUGGAGCGUAAAUAUUACAGCGAACAGUACCUUCGGCAUUACUGUAUCGCUUCUGGCAUUGUCAUCAGAUGGCUCUUCUUAUCCAGUUAAAGGAAACCCAAUCUUAGGUCAUGAAUACCUGUUUGUUACUGUUCUGGAAAACUUACCAACUAACUAUACCGUGUCCUACAUUGUGUGUGUCAAUGAAGAUGGACAAGUUCUCAGUCAACUGAACGCCAGUCUACUCAGCCCGGAUCCUGUUCUUCAGUACUUCGCAAAAUUAAAAGUCUCCACAAAGAUAACAGGGGUACAGGUACAUGGAGUAGAUUCUGCAGGCCGUCCGUUUAUACGAACGGCGGCAGAAGCAGUACAUCCAGUGGCCGUUCAGUUAUCUAUGCAGCCUUUCAUUGAAGCCUUGUCCCUUUCGACAACAGAACAACUUGUUUAUACGAUUACCAAUCACGGGGUUGCUAACACGACCGUGACCUUUGUUGCUGAUGAUGACCAGGGAUACAUUACAGGAAACAAAUCGACAAGAUUCGUCAUUCCUUCGGGAGACUCUGUACAGGAAUCCCUUGAUAUCAGAGGAACGAUCCCUUUCUCUAUUGUAACUGUAACAAUGAAAGUGUAUGAAGACGCAGCCUUAACUGAACUUCAAAGCUUAGAAAAGAAAUUGAUGGUCUCUGCCGUCACACGUCCUUCGUGUAACGUAACAUCAAGUGGUGAGAGCUGUCGAUCUAGUGCGUUUGGCGCCAGUAAUUGCAGUGCAAUACAGUGGCAAGGAAGUGGUCGCAUAGAGUUUUCGGGAACGACUCUGACAUCAUUAUAUAUGUCGAGCUCUUCUGUUACUUUGACGCAUCCUAGUUUAGAGAGUGCAGAUGGUUCUGUUGAUGUUUCAUUGAAUGGCGACUGUUGUAGCUCUUCAGUGGUUCUCAGCGCGGUUGAUGUCGAUGGAUUCAUCGCUCAGUGUCGCUAUACCCUGUAUUCGGACAAUGACGAUCAACCGAACACCAUCAUUGAUUCUCCUGCACAUAUAGAAUCAAAAAACGUCCUUGACCUGACGAUCGUUGGUGGAGCGAUCGGUGGAUCCCUGGCUGGGAUAAUUAUUGUGUCUGUUGUCGUAUUUAUGAAACUGCAUCACACCCCAACUACAAAGACCUCUCCAAUCACAGAUGUUGAUCUGUCGGAUGUCAAGAGACCAGACAAAAUUAGAAAUACACAUUUUCUACCGACAGAAAAAUCUACUGCAGGAGAAGAACACAUUGAUUUCGACGAUUUUGAUUACCACGACUAUUAAUAAUAACACACUGACAGUGCCUACUGAAUUGGAUGUAUAGCUGGCAAUGAAUAAAAUAUUGAUCAGAUGUUAAGGUGGCAGGGGACAUUUUUUCUGGUUCUGAAACAUGAGGGUAGGGGGUAUACAUCAAAGUCAGAUUAUGAUAGACUAAUGUAAAAUCAUAUUUUCCUUUUAUGUCAAUACUUGUAUUUCAUAUUGGUGUAGUUAAUAAAUUAUGACCCUAAA